AUGGCUCUCUUUCUCUCUCUUCUCGUGAAUACCAAGAUUUGUUCUCUUAAGAGACUGGGCUCGCCCCUUUUUAGUUUAUCAAUAAACACGGGUGCGUCUGUGUCUAACUUUAGUCAGGAGUUUUCUCUUGCUCAUUUGGUGAGACAUGGUAUGAUUCGAAUGUUCUGCAAAAAAAAACCGACAAACCUUAAUCAAACUUGGAAAUUGUUGGUGUUACUGUCACGUCGCCUUUCAUCUUCAAAGGCCCUAAGUUUGUGUUUUAGACCGAAAACCCGAGUCCACAAAGGCGCAAGGGGCAAUCUGAAAAGAUGUGGAGAGAGCAUUCGGAGUGUUGCAAACAUGUUUUGUAAUAAUUGUUGGGAAAAUGUAGUGGUAGAAGAGAUAGAGAUGCCAGAGGUUGUAUUGACUGACACUAUGGGAAUGUCACCCUUGAUGUCUAGAUCAGAGAUGUCACUCCCAGAUGUAGGUUUUCCCAGUUAA